UGUCAGGCCGGCUGCAUUCUGACCAGAAAGAACUGUAGAAGGGGACAAAAGGGCUGAAGGGGCCGAAGGGGCCAGGUCCAGGGUACUCGUAAAGCAGCCAGCACAACGCUAGGCGGAGGUGCAGACGGAGGGACGGGUCUUUGUGGCCUGUGGACGAGUCCAGAGAAGAUGCCCGGAAGCUACCAGGGAGGUUCAAUCAGACGACUCCCCAGGAGCCAACCCAACCGAGCCCCCAGCCUAGGCGGACCCCGCAGCUCCAAGAACCCGGGCCGACUCAUCAGCCUCGACCUUGGAGCCCGCCCUCCCGGCCCCACCCUGCCAGACUCCCCUCUCCCCACCCCCUGCCCAGUCCGCAUGAGGGGCUCUGGCUCAACGGGCCCAUCCAUCCCAGUGCCUUGCCGGCACCACUCGGUCCACCCAUCCCACCCGAGCAGCACCACUGGAGCUCAUUCCAGGGGUGGCCCCGGCUGCGGCAGCUUCCUGACCUAUCCGGCCAGCACCGGCCCGAGGAGCCAGAGGCCCAACAACGUCACCGAGUCUCCCAAGAGCCCAACCCUCCGUGGCCGGCUUCCCAGGACGAGCUCCAGGAGCUCCCAACUCGGCCCGGGCACCAGCCACCACAACGUCCUCAGCUGGCCGGGAAGCGCUACCUGCGUCGUCGGAGCUCAGGACCACGCCGCCCACCUGGAUCGUCCAAAAUGCACCAAGUCCCUGGCCCGCCCCGCCGCCACAGAGCCUUUGGUGGCCCACCAGACCGAGCGUCCCUCAAAUCCCCACAGGGACUUCUGGACAGUGGAGGGCAGGCAGACCCCUAACCCGCUAGAGUGCUUGCCCAAAUUUCUGGCCAUGGCCCGGACGAUUUGGUCCCCGCCGGUCCUGGAACAGGCCAGCUCCGUGUGGUGGUGAUGGGGUCCUGGUUCCCCUGCUACGAUGCUGCAGAAUAAAGUGCUUGCAGCAGAGACGGGCAUUAAUUUGGAAAAGACCAGGAGAUCCAAGGGCCCCUGAUUCAGGGACUUGCCCUUGUUGGGCUGCAGCUUUUCCCUGCGGAGAAUAGACCACAGACACUU